UGCACACAGCUGCAGCAAUUGAACUCCCACUUAUAGUUCCACCCUCGUCAUUUCUUUUUCCUUCUCGCUGAGAGCUUAGUUGAGCACAGAACGCACAGAUGUCUUCUGCUUCUCGUCCCCCAUUCAUUUCGAACACAGGAAAUUUGUUCUUAUUCCUUCUCCCAGCUGAAGCAUGCUAAGGAAUGAGAGUUUCAGAGUAGAAACAGAGUAAUCUCUGCAACCAAGAUUGAGUCUCUGUCUCUCACAUUUCAUCUCCAUUAUUCUUGUUCUUAUAAAAACACCAUUCUGUACUCCUUGUUCAAAUUGUUCUCCAAGUAAUUCUUCCGUUUUUACUCUGUUAUUCUUCCUCCCGUCACAACCAUUCCUGAAUUCCACAGCAGAACAUAAAUACGAAAAAUUACUGCCAAAAUGCAUACCAUUAUAUGGUUUUUUGGUAAUUGGGAACUAGUGGCGAUGGGUAUUCCACCAACUACCUUUCUUGCCGCCAAGAACAGGCAAGUGACGCAUCAAAACCAAUCACUGGUUUCCGCGUGGGCGACGCGGUAGUCUUUGUGUAGUCCUCUGUUUCUCGGCCACCGAAACCUUCCCGUUGGUCUCCUCAUGCCUAACACCAUGAAUUGAUUCAUCGCAUAUAUGCGGUACAGAAUAGCGUAAAUGAUGAGCAUAAGAGCACCAACUGCGGAUCCAGUGGUUCAUUGCCUUCCCCCAUCUGCUUUCCGUCGCAUUGUGUCAUUAUUCCUUGUGAGCGUGAAUCCGUGCGUACGGCACGCAGGCUUGCUGAUACGUUACGUUGGUGCCAUGGUGUGUGUGUGUGCAGGUAGAGAGACACGGCCACUGCGAGGCACAUGGAGGACGGCUUGGGUGACCUGUUCGAUCACAUUGAGGACUUGCUCGAUUUCCCCGACGACGUGCUGGGGCUGGCGGAGCCCUGCGGCCAUAACGGGGGUCUUCUUCUACCUUCCCUUCCUGUGCCCGCUGCCAACGGGCUUCCAGGUGGCGUUGGAGACGACGCGCUCCACGGCUUCACCACCCGAAGCAACAACAAGUUCAGCGGGGAGGAGCACAAACUCGGCUCAUGUGAUGAGCUUGACAUCGUGCAGCUUGAAUGGAUGUCCAAAUUCCUCGACGACUCUGAUUCCUUCUCCCUCGACCUCCCGAGCUGCGACGGCAUCAACAACAAUGCCAAUGGCGAAGACAACGGUGUCCAAACAAAAGCCAGAGGCCACCACUCUUUCUUCCGCACCUCCAGCCCGGUCUCCGUCCUUGAAGCGGACACCAUCGGGGGCGGAGGCGGCGGCGACUCCUACUCCUCUUCCUCUUCUUCUUCCUCGACUUCGGCUUCGUACUCUAACCGCGGCAACGAUACAACAAUACUGCUUCCUCCUCUCAGUCCGCCGGAGCCGCCUUCGGUUUUGGUGGUUCCCGCCCGCGCACGCAGCAAGCGCCCGCGCCCCGCCACCUUCUCGCCUCGUCACCACGUCGCCGCCCCCUACCUGCCACCAUCCUCAGACGCGGUCCCCGUCCCCAACCCGCUCUCCGCAGCCACCUCCUCAGACCCCGAGAGCAUCGGCGAGACCUGCCCCGCGCCUCCUCCCCCGAAGAAGAAGAAGUGCAAGAAGAAGAGCCCGGCCACGGCCGCGACCGCCGACGGCGAGGAAUCGGGGCCGCCUCCCCCGGUGAGGAAGUGCAUGCACUGCGAGAUACAGAAGACCCCGCAGUGGAGAGCUGGCCCAAUGGGGCCUAAGACUCUCUGCAACGCCUGCGGCGUCCGGUACAAGUCCGGGCGGCUCUUCCCGGAGUACCGCCCCGCCGCCAGUCCCACCUUCGUCCCAUCCAUCCACUCCAACUCCCACAAGAAGGUGGUCGAAAUGCGCAUCAAUGCGAGCCAGAAGUGCGCCACCGAGGGCGCUGCCACAUCCUCCUCCUCCGACGGCUGCGAUCUCCUCGAGUACAUUCGCCGGCGGGAGUGAGAAGACGAAGACGAAGUCGAAGGAGAAUAAACAUGUUUGGCGUUCCUUGUGUUCCCCUGUUUUAGAAGUCAACCUGGUGGUUUCUGAUAUCACUCAUGUUGUUAUCUUUCCCCUUAAAAUUUUGUACAGAGGAGGGAGAGGAGGAGGAGGAGGCUGGGGAGGGGAAAGAUACAAAGGUUAGAGAAGCCAUAGGCAAACUACUAUAGGUAGGAUGUAGUCUACAGAGAAGAAAAUGCAAGACAAUUAGUUGUUUUGUUAGAUUCCAAGAGAGAGAGAGAGAGAGAGAGAGGUGGCUACUGAUGGGGAGUCUAGUUUGAUUGUUGGAGCUUGGUGUAUUGAAUACAUUUUGCAGUUGCAGUUGA